AACCCGGGUUCCCAUUCGGAUUCUGGUCCGAGGCUAGCGUGCUAGCCCAAGCGUUCAUCCUGAUUUACCCGACGUGUACAGAAUCCAGCUAGGUGAAUUGUAAAGCUGGUUCAUUGGUGCCAGCACUGGACUCAAUUCCAGCAUGCAAGGGGGGCAAGCAUUCUGAGUCGUUUUAAUCAGCUUUGAAGCGCAAGAUUUAAUCUUCAAAUUGAGGGCGUCCGUUGGAAUUGUCUACAUUGAAGUGCCAGAAUGGCUGCGAGCGAGGGGGGUGGAUCGGAUAUGCAGCAAGUAUUUUACCAAGGCUCUAUCACUGAAGCAAUCGGGAAGGCAAAGGUUGAGAACAAGCAGGUUGUGGUAUAUGUUGGGAGCGAGAAUGCUGAGUCCAAGGAAAUGGAAGCGGUGACUUGGCCUGCCAUUGCUGACUCGCUGAAGGGAAUGCUGAUUCUUAGGUUGCAAGAGGGCAGCCCGGAUGCUGCAAAUUUUAGUGCAUUCUGCAAGAUCAACAAAGCUCCCACGGUGGCUGUCAUUGGCACCGCUGGCGACUGCGUCUUCUGGCACGAGGGUUUCAUCUCAAGCGCAGAUCUGGUCAAGGGCAUCGAGGAAGGAGCGCUCAAGUCACAGCUGGCCAGGGCGAUGGCGGCAAUGCUGACCAAUGCUGCUGGGGCCACAGCUCCGACCACAGUUCCCGGGCCUGCUCAGAAUGAGGAGCCGCGUCACAACGAGCAACAAAGAUCGGUACUAAGAGUGCCGCAAGGAAGAGGAGAUGCGGCGGGAGGGGUGCAAGGGCCUGUCCCCCUGGGGAGGGCCCCGAUGCCAGCACAAAGUGAAGAGCGGCAGGUCGAGGGAGCAAGGCCGUCAGUGGGCGCGCGGGCCGCCGGAAGGGCUGGGCAGGAGGCGGAUGCUGAGAUGCAGUAUGGUUGGACGGUCACGUUCACCCAUCGAGAGCGUAUGGAUGACCCGGGACUCGAAACGGUGGACGACGGCAGCGAGUCUGAGGAAAGGAUACCCGACUUGUUGGAUGAGUCUGGACACCCGGUACUGGACGACCCCCCUGGCGUAGUAGGCACGGCCCCAGAGCAUCAAACAGCAGGGGGAUCCCUGGGGCCUGGCGGGGUGCUUUCCGCACGUGCCAGUGCUGGUGGAGCCAAACUGGACAAGAAAGAAGGGGAGGCAGGUGGCAGUGCUUCUGUAGAAGCGGCGCGCAGGGAGGCCGAGAGCACCGUCAAGAAGCAGAAGCGAGACCAGGAGAAGCCUCCUCCACCUAGCCCCUCGAAACCACCCAUUCGACCUCCAACACAAGCACCGCCUGCUGCACCAAAGAGUAUCCAGAAACCGGUCCCCGCCGUUCCGUCCACCGCUUCUGCUGAAAGUCGUCAGGCUGGUAUCAAGGCAAGCCCCAAGCCCGCACCCCCACCCGCGUCCACCUCUCAAACGGCCGUGAUCCAGUUUCGACUCACCAACGGCGAGAGCAUGCGCGCCGAGUUCGACAAGAACGCCCCCCUGUGGGACGCACGCGCCUGGCUUGACGCCAACCGGAACGAAAACGGGAGUCCCUACGAUCUCGCCAUCCCCUUCCCAAAGCGGAUCCUCACUGAGUCGGACCUCGAAAAGAGCUUCGUGGAACUUCAGCUCUACCCACGGGCGUCGCUUCUGCUCAUCCCGAAACGGUUUUCGAAUGUUAGUGCACGGCCUGCACCGAGCGGACCAAGUGAAGAGCAAGGGGUGGUGGCGGGGGUGACGCGGACAGUGGGGGGUGUGCUUGGGUACUUGAACCCGCUCGCUUACCUUUGGGGGCCAGCAGCCCCGCCUGCUGAGGCGGCUGCGCAACCAGCGGGACGGCCGUGGGAGUACGGUCCUAAUCCGCAGCUGGAGAGGGCUGUUCGUGAAGGGGGCGCCGGGCCAGCCGGCGCUCAGGAGCCGCCUUCUCGUGGGCUUGGUUCCGGGGGACGGUUUGCCACACCGAACUCAAACCAAACAGGGUCCUCCGACCAGACUCGCAAGAGGGGUGCUGGCGCCCGGGGAAAUAUUCAUGGGCUGGACCGCUCGUCGGAAGAGGAGGCGGAUCCCAGGCGCAAUAACUUCUGGAACGGGAACUCGACACAGUUCGGAAGUGAUGACAAGGACCAAUGACGGUCAUGACGUCAUUGUCGUAGCAUUUAAUUCCUAUUAGCCAGAGCACCGCCUGUACAUAAUCACCUUUGCGGAGCCAUUCGUAGGCUUUGUAGGCACGAUGGAAGAAUGUUUCUGGUAUGCACGUUUGUCGCCAAGUGUUUUUUUUGCAGCAAAUACCCGCUUCCGACUAUUUCAAGCACGGAGCAUGACGCCGGU